UCUGGCGGUGGGUGGGUGGAGCCUUGGGGUACUGCACCUCCCACCCGCGGCAGGGCUCCAGGUGGCUGCGACUCUCGGCUUCUCACAAGUUGCUCCGCGUUCUCAGGGACCUGCUGGACAUGGCUUCGGCCUCUGUGACCGCCGCUAGACGAGGCCUCUGCCGAGCCCCUCCGCUGCUUCUCCGGCGCGGUUACCAGACAGAGCGUGGCGUCUAUGGCUACCCGCCAAGGAAGCCUGAGAGCCAGGGGCCCCGGGGUGGACUGGCGCGAGCCCCAGUGGACCAUGGCCUCGCCAGGUUGCUGACAGUGUAUUGUGAGCAUGGGCAUAAAGCUGCCCGAAUCAACCCCCUCUUCCCUGGACCAGCCCUGCAGGAGAACGUGCCUGAGAUCCAGGCCCUUGUGCAGACCCUCAAAGGCCCCUUUCACACCACAGGAUUAUUGAAUAUGGGGAAGGAUGAGGCCUCUCUGGAAGAAAUUUUAGCCUAUCUCAACCAAAUCUAUUGUGGGCAGAUUUCUAUUGAGACCUCCCAACUCCAGAGUCAGGAGGAGAAAGACUGGUUUUCCAGGAGGUUUGAGGACCUGACAAAGGAGACAUUUACCACAGAGGAGCGGAAACAUCUGUCAAGACUCAUGCUAGAGUCUCAGGCGUUUGACCACUUUCUGGCCACCAAGUUUGCUACUGUGAAACGGUACGGAGGUGAGGGCGCAGAGAGCAUGAUGGGUUUCUUCCAUGAGCUGCUGAAGCUGUCAGCCUACAGUGGCAUCACUGAUGUGAUUAUAGGGAUGCCCCACCGGGGCAGGCUCAACUUGUUGACUGGUCUUCUGCAGUUCCCACCAGAGCUGAUGUUCCGAAAAAUGCGAGGCUUAAGUGAAUUUCCAGAAAACGUCUUGGCCACGGGCGAUGUCCUGUCUCACCUGACCUCCUCAGUGGACCUGGACUUCGGGGCACACCAGCCGCUCCAUGUGACAAUGCUGCCUAACCCCUCGCACCUGGAGGCCGUGAACCCUGUGGCUGUGGGGAAGACUCGAGGGAGGCAGCAGUCCCGUCAGGAGGGGGACUAUUCAGCGGAAAGCUCUGCGCGGCCUGGGGACAGAGUCAUCUGCUUACAGGUUCAUGGUGACGCUUCUUUCUGUGGUCAAGGGAUUGUUCCAGAGACCUUCACUCUCUCUAAUCUCCCACAUUUCAGAAUUGGGGGGAGCAUCCAUCUGAUUGUCAAUAACCAGCUGGGCUACACCACCCCAGCAGAAAGGGGAAGGUCUUCUUUAUACAGCAGUGACAUCGGGAAGUUGGUGGGCUGCGCCGUCAUCCACGUCAAUGGGGACAGCCCAGAGGAGGUGCUCCGUGCCACCCGCUUGGCUUUUGAAUACCAACGCCAGUUCCGAAAGGAUGUGAUCGUGGACUUGUUGUGCUACAGGCAGUGGGGCCACAAUGAACUGGACGAGCCCUUCUUCACUAACCCUGCCAUGUACAAAAUCAUCAGAGCCAGAAAGAGUAUCCCAGACACUUAUGCCGAGCACCUCAUGGCCAAAGGCCUUACGACCCAGGAGGAGGUGUCAGAAAUCAAAGCCUCCUACUGUGCCAAGCUGAAUGGCCACCUGGUGAACAUGGACCAGUAUAGCCCCCCUGCUACCCACCUGCAAGCCCACUGGCAGGGCUUGGUACAGCCGGCCGCAUGUAUCACCACCUGGCAGACAGGUGUGCCCCUGGACCUGCUGCGCUUCGUGGGUGUCAAGUCUGUGGAAGUGCCUGAGGAGGUCCAGAUGCACAGCCACCUUCUGAAGAUGCACGCCCAGUCCAGAAAGGAAAAAGUACUGGAUGGAACCAAGCUAGACUGGGCCACGGCAGAAGCUCUUGCCUUGGGCUCAUUACUCGCUCAAGGUUUUAAUGUUCGUCUGAGUGGCCAGGAUGUCGGCCGGGGCACUUUCAGCCAGAGACAUGCCAUGGUUGUCUGCCAGGAGACUGACCACACCUACAUCCCUCUGAACCACAUGGACCCCGAGCAGAAGGGCUUUCUGGAGGUUAGCAACAGCCCACUGUCGGAGGAGGCUGUCCUAGGCUUCGAGUAUGGGAUGAGCAUUGAAAGCCCUCUGCUCCUGCCGCUCUGGGAGGCUCAGUUUGGCGACUUCUUCAAUGGUGCUCAGAUCAUCUUUGACACGUUCAUCUCUGGAGGUGAGGCCAAGUGGCUCCUGCAGAGUGGCAUUGUUGUCCUACUUCCACACGGCUAUGAUGGUGCCGGCCCUGACCACUCAUCCUGCCGCUUGGAACGCUUCCUGCAGAUGUGUGACAGCACCGAGGAGGGAGUGGAUGGAGACACAGUGAACAUGUUUGUGGCAAACCCCACGACUCCUGCCCAGUAUUUCCACCUGCUGAGGAGACAGAUGGUUCGGAACUUCAGGAAACCCCUGAUUGUUGCUUCCCCAAAGAUGUUGCUCAGGUUCCCGGCAGCUGUAUCCUCUCUUCAAGAAAUGGGACCAGGAACAACGUUCAAGCCCGUGAUUGGUGAUUCAUCUGUGGAUCCAAAUAAAGUAAAGAGCCUGGUGUUCUGCUGUGGCAAACAUUACUAUGCUCUGCUGAAGCACAGAGAGACCCUGGAGGCCCGACGUCAGAACUUCGCAAUCGUACGUAUAGAGGAGCUGUGCCCAUUCCCCUUGGACUCGCUGCAGCAAGAGAUGAGCAAGUACACGCAUGUGAAAGAUUUCAUUUGGAGUCAAGAAGAACCUCAGAACAUGGGUCCAUGGUUUUUUGUUUCUCCAAGAUUUGAAAAGCAGCUGGCCUGCAAGCUCCGUCUUGUGAGCCGGCCCCCUCUACCAACACCUGCUGUGGGCAUUGGCAAGGUUCACCUGCAGCAGCAUGAAGAAGUCCUCACGAAGACCUUUGCCUGAUGACAUCCUCAGAAGCAUUGCUACUUCCUUUUAAACCAACUGCCAUCAAAAGCAAAGACUGCUUCCUAUAUUUUUUUCUGCUUUCCCUUCAGUAACAUGAAAAGACUGGAUGCCAGAAGCUGAGAGAUUUCACACCCCAGAGGGUACCCAGGUUCAAGCCCUAACACUACAUGGGGGAGUCAUCAGACUGGGGGUGGGGCACUCCAGUGUUAUGGUGUCACUUCCUCUCCCCCUCUCUCUAUCUGAAAUAAAUAGAAUAAUAAGGUAGACCUCAGAAUGGUGAAAUCACACAUGCCUGAGGUCUAGGAGAAAAAAAAAAACAGGAGGAGGGAGGAGGAGGAAGAGGAUAAAUGCAAGGUGUUACAAAAUUGAGUUAGGUCUGAGUGAGUUAUAGAGUGAGGUCAUUAUUCAGAAUUUCCACUUGAUUUUUGGCUAUAUAAAGAUUAAUCCAAUGCUACCUCUCAAUUUGUUUGAUGUUCAUCACUUUUGUUAAUUUUUCACUUCAUUAUUCCAAGUCCUGGGACUACUAAUAUUUUCUUUUGAUAUAAUAUUUGGUGCUGCUUUCCUGCCACUGUGAGAAAUGUUACACCAAACACUAUAUCAAAAAUACAUUAUUCUUGACUUA